UUACAAAAAAAUUUUCAAAAAAUCAAAAUAAAGUUUUUUACUAUUAAUUUUCUUUGAAAAACAAGCAUCACCAUCUCCUGCCAUUACUCCUUAGGCUACUCCAAAUAUUCUUACACCGGACGAUUGCCAAUCUUAAUCUAUCUCUCUCUCCAUAUAUUCUCUCUCUUCUCUAUCUGCCUCUCUCUCCUCCAAUUCCUUUUCUUUUGAUUUAAUUAAGAGGAGUGGAAUAACCAAGAAAGAUAGAAAAGAAACAGAGGAGGAGAGAGAGGGGAAGAGAGAAAAAGCCUUUUUAAAGAGAAAAAGGAUAAUAAAAAAAUGAACAAUACCUCCUCUUCUGUUUCCAUUGUCAUCAUAUCUCAUCUCAGAUCUUAAUUUCCUUCCCAUUUUCUAAUCUGGGUCAUUUCCAAGAUGGAAUUUUGGGUUGUUUUUUGAUUGGUGCAUGAAAUUUUCAGAUGAUCCUAGAUUAGAUUUGAGAACUACCCACUGUGUCUUUGAUCAGAUUCUGUCUAUAAUUCAUAUCAAAGGAUGGAUCCUUUUUAGCAGCUGCUGAUGAUAAUUGGGUAAUUCAGGAUUGGCUUUUUGUGAAAGAGUUUCAUUUGGUGAAUUGAUAAGAUGGAAUCAGAUCUUGGUAAACUCUUCAUUGGUGGGAUAUCUUGGGACACUGAUGAGGAACGUCUCAAGGAGUAUUUCAGGAAGUAUGGAGAAGUGGUGGAAGCAAUGAUCAUGAGAGAUCGUGUCACAGGUCGUGCCCGUGGCUUUGGUUUCGUUGUCUUUGCUGAUCCUGCUGUCGCUGAGAGGGUAAUUAUGGAUAAGCAUAUGAUUGAUGGUCGCACGGUUGAGGCGAAGAAGGCUGUUCCUAGGGAAGAUCAACACAUUCUAAACAGGAGCAUGAGUGUCAUCACUCGAUCUCCCGGCCCUGGACGCACAAAAAAGAUUUUUGUUGGAGGUUUAGCAUCUACAGUCACUGAGGGUGACUUUAAGAACUACUUUGAUCAGUUUGGUACAAUUACUGAUGUUGUGGUGAUGUAUGAUCAUAACACCCAGAGGCCGAGAGGGUUCGGCUUCAUCACUUAUGAUUCAGAGGAAGCAGUAGAUCGAGUCCUGCAUAAAACAUUUCACGAACUCAAUGGGAAAUUGGUUGAGGUCAAGAGGGCAGUUCCUAAAGAACUAUCUCCAGGCCCCAGCCGCAGCCCUGUGAUUGGAUAUAAUUAUGGUUUGAGUAGGGCUGCCAACUUUCUCAAUAAUUAUGCUCAGGGAUAUAAUCUAAGCCCACUUGGAGGCUUUGGAGUCAGGAUGGAUGGUAGGUUUAAUCCUCUUGCUAGUAGUCGAAGCGGGUUUCCUCCAUUUAGUACAACUGGCUAUGGAAUAGGUAUGAAUAUGGAACCAGGAAUGAGCCCAAGCUAUGGUGGAAGUUCCAACUUUGGUAACAAUCUUGGAUAUGGGCGGAUAUUUAGCCCCUAUUACAGUGGGAAUUCAAACAGGUAUAACACUCCUAUUGGAUAUGGUGUCGGAAGUGGAAGAAAUGAUUCUAUUUUGAACUCUGCUACUCGAAAUGUCUGGGGAAAUGGAGGCCUUAGCAAUGCCACAAAUGCUUCCAGCCCUAGUGGUUACUUGGGGACAGGAAGUGGGAGUUUUGGUUCUUUAGGAAAUAGUGGGGCUAAUUGGAGCCCUUCUCCUCCGGUGCAAAGCAGAGGGAAUGCUUCUGUCUAUACUGGUGGGAGUGCUGAUGACAACUAUGGUUUGGGAGGGGGAGGAUAUGGAAGAAACGUUGGUACUGUUGCAGCUCCAACAUCAUCAUUUGCUGGGUCAACUGGUAAUUUUGAAGGGUCCUAUGGGGAUCUUUACCGCAGUGGUUCAGUAUAUGGUGACUCUACUUGGCGGUCUGCAAAUCCUGACUUGAUUGGUUCUAGCUCGUUCACUUAUGGGCUUGGCAAUAUAUCCUCAGAUGUUACUGCAAGGACCUCUGAGGAUUAUGUUGGAAGUUACAGUGUUGCAAGCGGACAGACCAAUAGAGGAAUUGCUGCCUAGGAGACCUGUUAUUUGAAUAUCAGAAGUUAUAAUGUAGGGUGAAUGAAUUUGUGCAAACAGGUGAAUGAUUUGUGAAUCUGAUACGACUGCCUCAUUACUAUAUCAGCUUACAAGGAAAUUGAUCUUAUAGCACUAACGAGGGUUAUUGAUUUGAAAUAUACACAUUCAGAGUGAGCAGUUACAAGGGAUUUUCUGUAAGGUUUGAGAUUUGACCUUUUUUAAUUUUAUUUUAAUAGUGAAAAUUUAGGUUCCUUUCUUGGCAUUUGAGUGAGGUGUACAAUCUGAUUGCGGGAUAUAUACUCUGGAAGAUUGGUUCCAAUUAAUGUACCAUGCAUCUCCAGCAAGGCAUGCCAGUAGUGGUACAUCAAACAAUAGGGUAUUAAUUUUUUUCCCUUUCUCUUUUUAAAUUUUUUUCAGCUGCUGUAAUGCCUUGCAGAGUUGCCAGUUCUUGUCCUUAUAUUAUCAUGUUAUCUGGGAUUGUUUUUCUCUCAGAUUGUAAGGAGUUUCUGUUCAAUUUACUAGUGUGAAACAGUAGAGAGAUAUCCCAUAUAAAAUCCCAAUCAAAUAAGUUACAUUACAUUCUGAUUCAUUUUUUUUAUUAAACACUACAUCAAACAACUUUACUCAUAGUAUAUGUAAUAACUGUCUGAUUUUGCUGCUAAGCUCUCCAUCAGUUGCGAGCUUGCAUUCAACAUAUCUCCUUUUCUUGAUACUGUUAUAUAAAGAACAUGAAGAUAAUCUGCAAGCUAUUAGAUUAUGAGAAACUUGAUUCCUAUGGUUGACAUACCGAUAUGAUUGAAAUUUGGACUGUUCUCUUUGUCUGGAAAGCUAAAAUGCUGCAUUAAUUUCCAUUCUACUUGUAUUCUUCAGAGGUUUCCAUCUGCUGAUAUAACUUUCAGUUAUUUGUUCUCAAUGGCCAAUCUGUGGCCAUACUGAGCUCUUAUCCAUACUUUCCUUAGAAAACUGGAUAUGUCUUGCUUGGGGUUUUCAAAUCACUUUCAUUUGAAUUUUUAUAGUGGCACCCAAAAAUAGAUACUACCAUGCUUGUGGUCCUCUUUUACCAUUAUGUGAAGUUUUAUGGCAUUUUGUCCUCUGAUAAUGAACCUGAACUUGUUGGAAGGUUUUUUGUUACGUGGAUUUUAGGAGGCUGCCACUAGCCCAAAUCACUUUUUGUGGGUUUCCAUUUUCCACUUAAAGCUAAUAGAAUCAUAACAUCAGCUUAAAAAUUUUUUGGUGGGGUAUGGCCCAAGGCCAUUUGGGUCCAGUUGUUUGGGGCUGAGUGAGAGAACAGAAUCUUUCAUGAUGAAAAAAGGAGGAAAUCUUUUCCCGUUUGC